AACAGGGAAGCGUACCACUACUGCCCAGUUAAUCUCCAGUCCCCUCAACCGGAACAUAUCGUCCACUCUUCACGGAAUCGGCCUACAGUUGUGCGAGUUGAGAGAGCAGUCUUUCAAGCAGAACCAACACGCGGUCGAUCCAGAUGUCGCGUCCACCCGUGUCUUCUACUCGGGAGAAUAAACGGAUAAGGAUUCAUGGAGAUCAGAAAAUGGAGGAGAACGCCGUUAAGGUCUUCCGCGCCACAUUCGAGUCGGGCCGCGUUUUUACAGUGUCGGGUAUGAAAAAACUCAUCAAUAUGGGAUUCAACCUAAACAGUGCAAUCCACCAGGAAACAGGAUGGAGCAUCUUACACUACGCGGUGAAAUCAACCGAUUUCCAAUUUGUUAAAUUUCUACUGAGUGUUAACGCGGAUCCAAACAAUACAGACAAAAAAGGACGGACGCCUUUGCAUUAUUCCGUCUCCAAAAACUUAUCCGCCUAUGUGAAACUUCUGAUUAAGCACGGUGCCGACCCGAACCGCGAGUGCAACGAACAUCUUACACCAACAGCACUCGCCGUCGCCGAAGACAAUUCAGAGAUGCUGACACUCCUAAUAUCCCUCGGAGCCGACCCCGACCGUAUCGUAGAGUUGGAUGGCCAGCAGGUGACACCUCUGCAACUCGCAGUGAAUGUGUACAAUUUUAAAAUCGUACGGCUGUUGUUGGAGAAUGGUGCGGAUCCAGACAAAAGUGUCCCCGCGACGGGAGAAACAGCGUUACACGUCGCCGUACGCGUCCGUCCACUCGAGAGAAGACAGCUGAUAGCUCUGCAAUCCAUGUUGUACACAUUGAUUGCGCGCGGCGCCUCACUCGAGACGACACGAAACGAUAGUCUUACCCCAUUACAGGUGGCCAUAUUGUAUAGGAGAUAUGAUGCGGCAGGGAUUUUAAUCAACGGCGGAUCAAGACUGAACGGUACAAUCGAAGGAGGUGAAUUUCGGGGGCGUGCGGCAUUUCAUUUAGCUGCAACUUCGCUGGACGUCGAUUUGAUCGAUCUCUGUUUGAAGUAUGGAGCCGACGUGAAAGUGUGUGACAGCUACGGGAUAGACCCUCCGGCCAGUGUUUUGACGGCCGCGAUAUACGAAUUUGAAGAAAAAGGAGUGGGCAAUUCCGAAGUCGUGGUGGAAAUUUUAAAAAUGUUCACGAGGUGCAACUAUCCAGUCGAUGUCAUACAGGAAUUUUGGGAGCAUGUUAAAAUAUCUACAUUAAAAAAAAAAUCUACAGUUGUCUUUAAAAUGUUGGAUUCUGUACUAAAGACGCAAAAUGACUUUUUAAUGAAAUUGAUGCACCUGGAUGUAAGGGGUAUUGAGAAGAUCGUCGCGGCGGGUGCCGAAGUAAGGUGUUGCAGCCAAGGAACCCCGUUCCCUCUCCAUUAUAUCGCCUCGAAAGGGGACGCGAGGAUAAUGAGAAUACUUCUGAGCGGAGGCGUACAGACAAACCGCUUGGAUAAAAGCGGAGAGACCGCCCUGCACAAAGCGGCGAGUAUGGGUCACGUCGACUGCUGCCGUCUGUUGCUGGAGUAUGGGGCGGUAUACAACUACAAAAGUCGUCACACGUGUCGUAGGACGCCCGCACAGUUGGCGAGGUCCGUUGGGCACACGGGAGUGACAUCGUUGUUGUCCACCAUCGACGGAUAUUUCAAGCGACUGCGGAUUGGUAAAUUCAAACAGCCAAACCCCGACGACGAACUGUUUACUGCCGUUAUGAACUGUCGUUCCAGUGGAGGGACCACCCUGCUGGGAAGCGCCGUCCACCUCGCGUUGAAAAGAGAAGCCGAAAUCUUGAUGGGUCUAAGGUUAAGAAUGAGUGAUGGUGUUUCAUAA